CUCACGUGAAGAUCUUCAUCCAACACCGUCACGUGAUCUACUUGACGUCACCUGUCAGAAAUUCCCUCAAGAUGGCGACCGUAAUGACCCGACGAUUAGAGCGCAUCUCGGCGUCCGCAGCCGUUUUAAUGUUUUUAUUGAACACCUUAAACACGGGGAGAUGUGACGAGCAGGUGCCGCUGAUGCUGUGGACCAGCGAGGGGAUUUCUCUCCCAGGCCAGUUGCCUCCCACAGCGGGUCACAUCGUCGGACGGGACCAGCUGGGCUCCUACCUGGAAAAAGCUCUCAGCGUGGGCCCACGAAAUGUGCUGCUCUUCCUGCAGGACAAGAUGAGCAUAGAGGACUUUACCAUGUAUGGAGGAGCAUUUGGAAACAAGCAGGAUAGUGUAUUCCCCAACCUUGAGGGGGCUCUGAUGUCAUCUCCCUCCCCACUGGUGUUACCCGCUGUGUCCUGGCCCGCCUCCAAUGCAGUGAUUGGUCAGCUUCAGGACCAAUUAGAGACCUCCCCUCUGUACAUGGACCCUGAGACACUCAGCCAGCUUAGACUCAACGCCUCUUCACCUGCUCUGCUGGUGUUUAGGCUGCCCUAUGGCAAUGGGGCUGAUCUGAUGUCCGCAAAGGAGAUUCUCAGUGGGAACGAUGAGGUGAUUGGUCAGGUGUUGAGCAUCAUGAAGACCCAGUCUGUGCCAUACAUUGCCAUUUACACAGCCCUGCGGCCCUCACGGGAGGCAGCAUCUCUCACUCUAGAGACAGGCAUGGGUGGAGGACGCUCUCUCCUGCAGUCCAGGCGUGGACAUAAGGAACGGGAGCGGGAGAGGGAAAGGCAGCGCAAGAUCAAGGAGAAGGGUGGGGACUAUGCUCCAGUGGAGUUUAAGAAGGGGGAAAACACUUGCAUCCUCAUGUGGGCAAGAAAUCUGUCAGUGAGCAUCCAGCGAAACGGUCGCUGGGAAUCCCACGAUCUAACCCCGGCCACCUUUGGGGAGGGCGUCACCCCCAGACUCCACGACUCGAGCUGCGACCAAACCGAGUCAAGGCUGGUUCUUAAUUAUGAGGGCGUCCUUGGCCAUCGUGACUUCAAACUAAUCUUUGCUAUGAGCCAGAGUCACUACAGGGUCUCUGCACGCCGCUGGUUCACGCUAGAUGCUGUGGAGCUGGUGUACGACGGGACCAAAGCCAUAUUUAAUGGCAGCCGAAACAUUUACGCUCCUGCCGAGUACUCUUACCGCUGUGAGUCCGUCAGCAGCUUUCAGUGGCCUGUCCUCGUUCCACGCUCAUCCAAAGACCCGGCCACUCAGUGGAGAGUCUCCUUCGAAGAUUUCCAGAUCCAAGGCUUCAAUGUGACCGGCAGUGAGUUCUCCUAUGCCAGUGACUGUGCAGGCUUCUUCACCCCAGGCAUCUGGAUGGGCCUAAUCACCAACCUCCUCAUGGUGCUGGUGCUCACCUACGGCCUUCACAUGAUCAUGCAGCUCCGCACCAUGGACCGUUUUGACGACCCGAAGGGCCCGGCUAUCUCUGUGCCCCAGACAGAGUAACACACUACGCGAAUACAAACAGAUGCAGUCCAUCCACAGUUUUCACUUUUCAUCUCGCUUUCUGUCCGGCCUCUGAAUGCUACUGUAUUUCCAUGCUUUCACUUCCAGCGUCUCUCUGUCUCUUUACUCCAUACAUUCCACUUCCACUUGUGUAUUUUGGCAUUAAACUGACAAAGACAUGGUGUUGUCAGUCAGGGGUUAUUCAGAGUGUGUGGUAACGGGGUCAUCACUGCAUAUAUUACCAUAGCAAUCCUGUUUAUAUUGUAAAACAAAAACCCUGUCACUCAAGAAUCGAAUUUUCAGGCUGCAGUGGGUACAAUUGUACAUAGAGGAACAAAAAUACUUCAGAACAUAUUAAUAAUAUGAAAAAUCUAUUUAUUGUUGAAUCUAAUGUGUUUUUUGACAUGACCAUUUCUGUGUUUGUGUUUACAGUCGUGUUGAUGUCCGUGAAUAAAUAUGUGAAAUUUAGAUGUGAAAGGAUGGGCCAGGGAAGUUUCAAGCUCUUGUAAGGGAACACAUUUUCCUGUAGGGACAUUUAAUAAAUCAUAUCCUGUGUAUAUUUUACAUUUUAUGUCUCGUAGUGUUGCACCUUACUGAAGUACUGUUGAUCAAAGGGAGAUUUUGAUGAACAAACUGUGGCUUACAAUUUAGAGAAUCCUAUGUUUGGUUAAGGCAAUGCAAAACAAUUUGAAUUCCCAGUGAGAGAGCAAGUGAAACAUGGCGUCCAAUGAGAGUUUUUAUUUUGUUUCAGAAUGCUUUCUCUUGUUUGCCUUACACAAGCAUGAGCUGGAGAAAUGUGCUGGUAUUUAUCAUAACUACAAUUAACUACACUGUUUUAUUAUUCAUGAUGAGCUGUCAAAACUGACUUGCACUGGAAUAUAUUCAAUGUGAAAAGGGUCGAUUUAUCUUUUUUUUUUUUUUCUGAUGUUUGUUAAUUUAUUUGGUUUGGUAUGAGUUGUAGUGAAUGUUAAUGAUGAGAGGCCCUGGAUAUGGUCCUGUGUUGUACUGCUGCUGUGAACCCAAUAAAACAAAUGUGGAGAUGA